AUGGGGUCCUACGGGUGUCCCCACUCAGUGGCAGCUAUGUGUGGGAGGCUAAGUGUGGGUACCUGCGCCCCACUCAUCCUCCCGCCUCCAUGGGGAUCUCCGGCCUCUUCUCAAAGCGCCCUGUUGCCCAUUCUCUUGGAGAAGCCCCAAAUGGCAAAACUAGACCUCUUAUUAGUUGGAGAUGUUGCUGUUCACUACCUGGCUGAUACUGUACAGAAAUUCUUUUCAAAUAUAGCAGACCUAACUAUCACCCUUAGUGAUGUUAAUGAUGCAGCCACACUUUUGGAUGAUUGCAUGUUCGACAUAGUUUUCCUGAAGAUGACUUCACUCCUAACUGCCGAGGAGCUGGAAGCUGUCAAGUCAAUUAGAUUCAGCAAGAAGAAAAAUACACAUUUGCUGUUUGUUUUUAUAAUCCCUGAAAAUUUUAAAGGUUGUAUUUCAGGGCAUGGAGCUGAUGUUACUUUAACUGAACCACUGACAAUGGAAAAAAUGAAUAUUGUGGUAAAGUACUGGAGAACAUGUUUCACAAAUACUGUUAAGAAUGAGAGUGCUGCGAGGCCGGAAGAACCUGGAUUGCCUCUGCAGAGCUCCUGCAGUGAACACCUGGGAUAUUUUCCUACUGAUCUAUUUACUUGCUCUGAAUCUCUGAGAAAUGACACUGGACUUGAAUUAAAGGCCCCAGUGUCAGAUUUUGAUAAAGGCAAAAAGAUUUCUCUUCUUCAUUCAAGUAAAGAAAAGUUGAGAAGAGAACGAAUCAAGUAUUGCUGUGAGCAGCUGCGCACUCUCUUGCCGUACACGAAGGGGAGGAAGAAUGACACAGCUUCAGUUCUUGAGGCAACCGUGGAUUAUGUGAAGUGUAUCCGGGAAAAACUCCCUCCAGCUAUUAUGGACCAGAUUGCAGAAGCUUUUCAGAGCAAUAAGAGGUUUUGCAAGAAGCAAAAGUCCACCCACCCAUCCCUCCCAGGCUCAGUCAUGCUACAAUGGUAUGAUUUCUUGAUAAGCACUAACUCAUCUGUGAGAAGGAAGCAGGUCACGGCUAGUAAGUGCUUGAAUAUAUGUUCUGUGCCUGCUGCAGGGGGCUCCUUGGAUGAAGCUGUGAGAGGUCAGUCAAGCUCCAUUUCAGAGAGUGCUGUUAGUGAUCUGUAUAAAACCCAAAUUCCCAACACAGCCCUCUCUCUUAAUUCCUUCCAUGCUGUCAGAUACUAUUCUAAAGUCAUCCCUGCCUAUGAUGCAGCUGCCAUAACAAAUCAGAACCUUUCAAUUCAUUUACCACCAGCUGUGCCCAAAGUCUCAAAGUUUCUUCCCCAGCACUGCAAUUCCAUGCCGGGCCAGACAUGCACAACACAUCCCAACUGCCUGCAACAGUUUUGGGCAUAUUAA